GAGUCAAAGUGCCAAGACCUGCUGACGUGAAGGUGGGCUAGGAAACAUGGCUACCUCAAAACUGGUCGCGGGGCUAGUGCUAGCCUUGACUUCCCUGCUGGCCUUGGCCACUGCGGACUUCGUCCAUGAUCGGCCCAUGCACCGGAUCCGGCGGCAGUCGCCGACGACCAACGUGCACGAGAUCCCCAAGACGUCGUUCAGCUGCGCCGACAAGCAAUCGGGAGAGUACUACGCCGACCCUGAGGUGCAGUGCCAGGUGUACCACAUCUGCGUGCCGGGCGUCGCCGGCAAGCUGGCGAAGAUGUCGUUCGUCUGUCCCAACGGCACCAUAUUCAGCCAGUCGUCGCGCGUGUGCUCAACGUACGACCGCGUCUACUGCCCCCUGGCCGAGCGCUUCUACGAAAACGUGAUGGGCGAAAUCGACACGGACAAGGAGUACUACCACAGCAUGCACGUCGACGCCCCCGUUUUCAACGCCAUCGUGCCGCCGUACGACCGAGGGCGCCAGGAGAAGCGGAGGCGACCCGUAAGGCCCGUCGUCGAGUACGACGACGACGCCGACUACGACGCCACCACGGCAGCGCCGCCAUCCCCCACUUCCACGCAGAGGCGCCGCACGCAGCAGCAGCAGUCCACCCAGUCGAGUGCCAGGAGGUUCCAGCCCUCGCAGAGGUCGCAGUUCAGCCGCGGCGGAAGCCGAACGCAGAGCACAACCACUGCCCCAACGACGACCACGACCACAACCCAGAGGCCUCCGGCUCCCGCCUUCAGGCCGUCGCCGUUCAGGAACACCGUGAACCGCGGUCCUCCGCAGGGCUUCACCCAGCCGCCGACCCAGACGGUGCCAACCUUCGGAACCGUGGCACCGGCCGUCGUCCAGCCGAACCCGUUCUCGCAGCCGCCAGCGAGGACCUCUUUCGUUCCGGCCGCCCUUGUCCCGGCUAACCCCGUGAGCGGAGGAGGCACCCCACCCGUCGCUCCUCCGCCGAUCCCCAACAACGCCGUCGCCUCCGGCGCCGUCGUCCAGCAAACCGCACCGCCGACCCUACCGCCGCAGCAGCAGAACCCGGGGUCCCAGUUCAGACUUCCCCAGCGCCCGCACCUCAGAAGGCCCGGUGCCAGCCUUGCCACGACAACCACGACCCCGCCACCGUCGACGGCCGAGUACGAGUACUACGACUACGAGGAAGAAGCUAAGACGGCUGCUCCCAGGUCCAAGCGCGCCGCCGCCGUUCCCGUGAAAUUCAUCCUGCCGCCCAACACGCACGCCUCGGUGGCGCAGACCAGCUUCAGCUGCCAGGACAAGGUGGCCGGCGGAGUGUACGCCGACCCGGAGACCGACUGCCAGCUCUUCCACAUCUGCGUGCCCAUCGGCAAGGGCAAGCUGCUGGACUACGGCCUGCUCUGCGACGAAGGGACCGCCUUCAACCAGGAGACCGGCACGUGCGACGAGCGCGACAGCUUCUCGUGCGCGCGUAGCCUGCAGUUCACGCGCACCGACAAGACCAAGAAGUUCCUGGCCGACAAGAAGCCCUGGGCGUACCCUAAGUUCAACAAGAGGGUCGUGCGUGACGUCAGAGCCCAGGAAGAGGUAGAGAGCCGCUCCGCGGAGGUCAGGGAACACGGGGAGGAGGAAGGUCUCCUCGUGGCCGCCGUCGAGCUGCCCGUGACGUCGUUCACCUGCGAGGGCAAGACGGUGGGCGGCUACUACGCUGACGUCGAGACCGGCUGCCGCAUGUUCCACAUCUGCGCACAGACGGACAUGCGCUUCCUGUGCACCAACGGCACCGUGUUCGACCAGAAGGCGCUCGUCUGCAAGAACGAGGAUGAGGUGCGCUGCGAGGACUCGCCUAAGCACUACGUCAACGGCCUGACGCGGUUCUUGGAGCGCGAAAAGCUGAGGCCCGAGGAAGAGGCCCGCGAGCAGAGGCGCGCCGACGCGUACGAGAUUACGAAGGUCAAGGGCAAGUACCCCAAGAAGGUCGGUGACUACAAGCUGCGCAGGUAUCUCUAAAGCGGCGCGCACGAGAGGCGGUGACGACGACGAAGCGCCCGCCGUCGCUCGUCCCCUUCUCUCUUUUCCCUUGCAGUGAUCAAGCGCAGUCACGUCGUCCACAGGCUUCGGGGCAUUCUACGAAGAGACGUCCUCUCUCGCAGCACUCCGAGCUACGCCGCUCAUUUCCGAGGACCUGAGGCUUAAAUUGUGGAAGGACACCGUGACAACCAGUAGGCUAUACGUCGCACGAAGCAUUUUAUAGUAUCAGUCAGCGACAGCCAUGGAACUAUCUCCCGCGCACUUUCUGACGACACGUCCUCAGCGUGGUUGAGCGCAAUAACCGUCCACUUAAUUUCGGUGCAAUGCGGCAACCAAGCUGUUACCACGACUGAAAUCAGUUUAGAUAGAUGCCGCAACAGUAUCUAACCAAACAAAAUAUAUAUUCGUCCAUGAAUGAACCGCGAUACUCGCGCAGCGCAAAAUGGACGUCACGGCAUCGAGAAUAAGCCGAAAAUGCGCCGAAAAUAUGAUCCGGGUGGCAAUCGCUUUAACCGUGCAAUAUGCUAUGAAUAGAGAUGAGUCAACUUAGGGAGAAGACUGCGACGUAAAAAAGUGUGCAGCGUAACGACGGGCAGUGCCGUGCGCACGUGACAACGCUAUACAGUCUUCAGUUCACCGCGCAAUGUAGCGUAUAGCUGACUGGUCGCCAUGCUGUAAUUCUCAAUAAAGCACGCGCCUGGGCAUGGACACGGUGCAAGACAAAGUACACCACACGACGGGAAAACGGAGUAUCUCCACGAACUGCCAAUUCGCUCUUCGUACUCCGUCCUGCCUCCUGUCCGAGCCGCCGGCGGACCGUCCUCGAAGAUGAACGAGCACCAGCUAGCAGCAAUCGAUUCACCGCUCUUGCCCGACGACGUGCCUACAUGCAGUGCUGUCACGUGUACACCAGGAGCCACCACCGCAGUGUAGAGUCAUUGUUCUGGAUUCGGCACAAGGCCGCACAAAUGAAGUUUCCAGGCCUCGGAGCUUUCUCCGGGCACGAUGCCAUAAAAAGCCUAUUCUAGCUCAAAACACGCAUUUACAGCGACGUCACACGACAAGGGUCUGGGGUCAGGACUUGGGGCACGUCAAGUGCAUUCUGCACACAUCGUUCCGCUUUCACCAAUACUCUGUCUGUUCUGUUUGUGUCGCGCGUUCUAUGUUUUCUUUUUCUGUUUUUUUUUAUGUACAAUAAAGAAAAAGAAUACCCGG